AUGCCUCCUCCCAUCCACAUCAAGCAGCAAGAAACUCGUUUGAGAGAGUGCCAGCUCGACAUCGUCGUCGUUGGUGCUGGCCUCGCCGGUCUAGGUUGUGCCAUCGCCGGCGCCCUCGCCGGGCACAGUGUUCAGAUCCUUGAGGCUACUCGAGAAAUCAAGGAAGUUGGUGCAGGUAUCCAGGUGUUGCCCAAUAGCUCUCGUGUGCUCCAGCACUGGGGCCUAGAAAAUGCACUAAAACCUCAUAUGACGUUUCCACGCGUGUGUAACUUCCUCGGAUGGAAAGGCAACCAGAUCUCCCACCUUGACUUUCAUGAAUCUGAGAAGAGCUACCCCGGUACCUGGUAUAGAGACUUCCACCGCGCGGAUUUGCAGCGUUGCUUAGUUGAUAGGGCCUUGGAGUUGGGUGUGAAAGUGACUUGCAAUGCACGCAUCGAGGAUAUCAGGGUCAGUGCCGACGGGGCGACAGCCACGGCGAUAGCAUCAGAUGGAAGAAAGUGGGAGUGUGAUCUGGUGAUUGGAGCAGACGGUGUGUUUGGAAAACUGACCGAGACUCUGCUGGGACGUAGCAACCCUCCGGUCAAGACUGGUGAUCUGGCUUAUCGUCUGCUAUUGAAGACGGAGGAGAUGCGGAAGGAUCCUGAGCUGGCGAUCUUUUUGGAUGAUCCUCAAGUGAACUACUGGCUUGGUCCGGAUGCACAUGCCGUCAACUAUGUUCUCCGCGGAGGUGAUUUGUUCAACAUGGUGCUGCUAGUGCCUGACGACAUCCCUGACGAGUCACUUGCGUCCACUGUCGAGGGUAAUGUGAAGGAAAUGUGUGCUCAAUUUGAGGGAUGGGACCCACGUAUCGAAAAGCUCCUCAAGCUUUGCGACUCUGUGCAGAAGUGGCGCCUGUGCAUCCGAUUUGGAGAGUUCGACUGGGCUCAUCCGUCAGCAGCAUGGGUGAUGGUUGGCGACUCUGUGCACGCUACUCUACCAUAUCUGGCUUCUGGAGCUGGAAUGGCUUUCGAAGAUGGAGCUGUUCUGGGCGAAUGUCUAUCCCGCCUCCCUGACCGUCCCGAUAUGACGAAGACCUCCCCCGAAUACCUCAACGCUAAGAAACAUGCUAUUUCUGUCUUCCAAGAGUGUCGCAAGCAGCGUACACAAAUGGUGGUUGAGCGAGGCAAUGUCCAACAGUAUUUGUACCACCUCCACGAUGGGUCGGAACAAGAAGAACGAGAUCGCAAGAUGCAGAUGGUGCCAACGCCCGAAGGCGAGGCUCUAGCUUGGAGAGACCCCGGACUGGCUCCGAAGCUGCUAGGAUAUGAUCACAUUGGAGAUGUUAACGCGCGGUGGGGCAUUCCACAAAGCAACACUAUAGAGUCUCGACUAUAG